GGGGCAGGCGCGGUCGGUAAGGAGACGUAGAUUUCCUUGGGGUCCGCUACUGCAGUUGGUUCCCGGCGGGAGCCAAGAGGAAUGGAAGCUUCCUGGCGCCAGGUGGCCGGUGGCCGAGGCCGAGCCCGAGGACGGGCCACCGCGGCCCCUUCUUCAGGAAAUGGAAUCCAUCUCCGCGGCGCCGGAGGAGGGCGAGAGAAGGGCUCAGUGGGCGCUGCGGGACCUGGCCCCAGCUCCCGAGGAGCCGCGACCCCUGCGGCUGCGGGUAGUUCAGCCAGGCGCAGCCCCGCGGGAGCUGAAGCCCUGCAGACUUCCGUAGCGUGUGCAGAGCUAAUGUCUCAAAGGAAAUUUGAAGAAAUCAAGAAGGCCAAUCAAGCUGCAGCCAAAAAACUUGUUGAAGAACACUUUAGCUCUUCCUCUGAAGAAGAAGGAGAUGAAGAUUUUGAAGGAAAACGGGGGAAAAUAGUUGCUAAUACAUUUACAAGUUAUACUACUCAGACAGAUGGAGAUAUGCAUGAGUUAGAGCGAACAAGACAGUAUGUCCAUGAAGCUUUCCAAGCAGGGGCUAUGACGUGCUUGAUUUGUAUUGCUUCGGUGAAGAGAAACCAAGCAGUUUGGAGCUGUUCAGGAUGUUUCUGUAUAUUUCACAUGCCCUGUAUCCAGAAGUGGGCUAAAGAUAGCCAGUUUCUGGUAUCUUCUCCUUUGACGGAUGACGAUUUUGGAAAGAGAGAUUAUCCUUGGCCAUGUCCAAAAUGUAGGUUUGAAUACAAACGAUCUGACACACCUAGUAGGUACUAUUGCUAUUGUGGAAAAGUAGAAGAUCCACCUCUAGAUCCAUGGCUUGUGCCUCAUUCAUGUGGCCAAGUAUGUGAGAGAGAAUUUAAACCUCCUUGUGGCCAUAAGUGUUUACUCCUCUGUCAUCCAGGUCCCUGCCCUCCUUGUCCAAAGAUGGUCACAACUACUUGUUACUGUAAAAAAGCAAAACCUAUACCUCGUAGGUGCAGUACUAAGGAAUGGUCCUGUCAGCUGCCAUGUGGGCGGAAGUUGCUUUGUGGACAACAUAAAUGUGAAAAUCCUUGUCAUGCAGGAAAUUGUCUGCCCUGUCCAAGAGUUAGUAGACAAAAGUGUGUCUGUGGGAAACAAGUAGCUGAAAGGAGCUGUGCGAGUCCACUGUGGCAAUGUGACCAAGUAUGUGGAAAAACCCUGCCAUGUGGUAAUCAUACAUGUGAGCAAGUUUGCCAUGUUGGUGCUUGUGGAGAAUGUCCUCGAUCUGGGAAAAGGUUCUGUCCAUGUCUGAAGUCAAAGUUUUCUUUGCCGUGUACAGAAGAUGUACCAACUUGUGGAGAUAGUUGUGACAAAGUACUUGAAUGUGGAAUCCAUAGAUGUUCACAGCGUUGUCACCGAGGUCCUUGUGAAACAUGCAGACAAGAAGUGGAAAAGCAUUGUCGCUGUGGAAAGCAUACAAAACGAAUGCCAUGUCAUAAGCCUUAUCUAUGUGAGACUAAGUGUGUUAAGAUGCGGGACUGUCAGAAGCAUCAGUGUAGGAGAAAGUGUUGCCCUGGAAACUGUCCACCUUGUGAUCAAAACUGUGGACGGACUUUAGGAUGUAGAAACCAUAAAUGUCCAUCUGUCUGCCACAGAGGCAGUUGUUAUCCCUGCCCAGAAACUGUAGAUGUGAAGUGCAAUUGUGGUAAUACAAAGGUGACGGUGCCCUGUGGCCGGGAACGUACCACAAGACCACCCAAGUGCAAAGAGCAAUGUAGUCGACCACCAACUUGCCAUCAUACAAGUCAAGAAAAACAUCGCUGUCACUUUGGCUCUUGUCCUCCAUGUCAUCAACCUUGCCAAAAAGUUUUGGAGAAAUGUGGUCACUUGUGUCCUGCUCCAUGUCAUGAUCAAGCAUUAAUAAAGCAAAUUGGCAGGCACCAGCCUACAGGCCCUUGGGAACAGCCUUUGGAGCCAGAAUUUAUUCAGACUGCAUUACCGUGUCCUCCAUGUCAAGUUCCUAUUCCUAUAGAAUGUCUUGGGAAGCAUGAGGUGAGUCCACUACCAUGCCAUGCUGUAGGACCUUACUCUUGUAAGAGAGUAUGUGGACGAACCUUAGGUUGUCAGAAUCACACGUGUAUGAAAGAAUGCCACAAAGUAACUGAAAUUGAUACCUGCGUUGGCAAAAACAAGGCUGGCCCAGAAUGCCUUCAGUGUGAAGAAGGGUGCUCUAAAUCACGGCCUCUGGGUUGUCCCCAUCCAUGUGUUUUGCCGUGUCAUCCUGGAGAAUGUCCUCCUUGUGUUCAGAUGCUUAGAAUAAAAUGUCACUGCAAGAUCACAAGCCUAUAUGUGGAAUGUAGAAAGAUAACCACAGCGGAUGUAAAUGAAAAGAACCUCCUUAGUUGUUGCAAAAAUCAGUGUCCUAAAGAGCUUCCUUGUGGUCACAGAUGCAAAGAGAUGUGUCAUCCUGGUGAAUGUCCCUUUAAUUGCAACCAGAAGGUAAAACUUAGAUGUCCUUGUAAAAGAAUAAAAAAGGAAUUGCAGUGCAACAAAGUACGUGAAAAUCAGAUUUCAAUAGAAUGUGACACAACAUGCAAGGAAAUGAGGCGGAAAGCAUCUGAGAUAAAAGAGGCAGAAGCCAAAGCUGCUCUCGAAGAGGAAAAACGAAGACAACAGGCUGAACUGGAGGCUUUUGAAAACAGACUGAAAGGUCGUCGGAAGAAGAACAGGAAAAAAGAUGAAGUGGCAGUUGAGCUAACACUAUGGCAGAAAUACAGAUAUUAUCUCCUUCCAGCGUGUACACUUGUGGUUUUAGUGUUUGCAUGGUACAUAGUCCACGAUGAGGCUUAAAAACUUUUGAUCUGUUCAUAUACCUCAGAUUGGAUUUAGAUAAGUUGUUCACUCUGGAAUAUUAGGAAGUGUAUACUGUAGAACAUAUCUAUUCACAUUCCUCUCUCUAUUUUCUUCCAGCUGUUGUUAAAAGGACAGAAUGUUGAGCUUUAUCUUAAUUAGCAUACUAGAAGUGGCAAUAUAACAUUUUUAAUAGUAAAAGCAUGACUGAAAUUGUAAAAUAUCUCAUAAGCCAUAGCCAGUGGCAGGGUAACACGUCAGUUGUUCAUUGUGCUUCCUUGUGUUUAACAUAGUUGUUUCACUUCCUGUUUCAAACCAACUUUCUUUUUUUUUGCAAAAUUAAGAUGAAACUGAGCCAUAUGUGCAGUAAAAGGACUGUGUCACAAUGUUUUGGUUACUUAUUAAAAGGUACUUUUCUUGA